CUCGAGGCCUGAUCAUUCCUCCCAUCCACCCAUCCAUGCUCGUCUGAUCUGGAUCCCAAAAGCCGUUUACAACCAAACAAUCCUACUCCUUUAUCCGCAACGAUGUUCCUUCGUUUGUCGCAGCUACUCUACUACUCUCAUACAAUUACCCGCUCCUUACCAUCAUUAGGAUUGUCAUUACGGCGGCACUUCAUAUGAGUAUCUCAAAGAGAGGGAGGAGAAGCAUACCACCCUCACCAUGGCGUCCAUAUUCACUUAUCAAGACGAACCGCCUCGAAUACAUUCGCCAUGGUCAACCCCAGGCACUUCAACUCCGCAGCCGUCACAAAGCCUCGAGUCUCCUGCCAAAGAAAGACUACAUUAUACACCAGAUUGCACAAAAUUGGAGCCGGAGCGGCAUGACGGUCCUACAGAGUACAAACUGCAUCUGCUUUUGCGGCCGAGGAGGAAGUUCGUCUCGACCUCUACUGCGUCCUCGACAUCAGGUCCUCCUUAUACCCUUGCACAGUCCGCCGUUGGGCCAAAUCGCUCCUUCGGCGAGACACCCUUGGAGCGCCGCUCAGUUCAGCCGUCCGGACAAGCUCGUCAACUGCGACUGCAGCAGUUGACGACGCAGCUGUUGUGGAGACUGCAGCAAUCUUCGCCGUUUCAUUCCUCUUCAAACGCGGAUCUAGUCUUGCCGGUUCUUCCUGAAGCCACCCCAAAAUUAGGCGUCCCUGAGCGUCCUGCCAAGCUCUUACCAGGUCUGGAAGAAAGCCAGGGCGCUCUUUAUGAGAUUGGUGUGGCUGACGAUGGCACCCUGGUCGGUCUUACUGAGGAAGAGCUGCAGGAGAGCUUGACCAACCUUAGCGCCAUGGCUGCCAGUCUAGGUUGCACGACGAAUGUGUUACGGAAGGUUACAGUCGGAACCUGCGAGUGGAUGGAAACCGAAUCAGAAUCUGACAAGGGCCGUUUGCAAAGGGACAAACUUUCGGUGGCGGAAGUAUUAGUCUAUCCGGAUUCACGAGCAAGUAGCGAUGCAGACGUGCCAAAAGAGACCCUCAAUCCUUCGACAAGCGAUGCCGACGGGGUAGGGACCCAGGAUGUGGUUGAGAAAGCCUCUACAGAGCAGCUUCGGGUCACAUUAGUUGGGGCUGCUUCUUCAGGAAAGUCUACCCUUUUGGGCACGCUUUCGACAUCUACACUCGACAAUGGCCGUGGAAAAAGCCGAUUAUCAUUGCUAAAGCAUCGGCAUGAGAUUGCUUCUGGAAUUACGAGCUCUGUAGCGCAGGAACUUGUUGGCUACGAGACCGACCGAGCUCGCCCGAACCCGGUAGUCAACUAUGCCUCAGGCGAUGUCUCGUCGUGGACAGACAUUCAAAACCUUGCAGAUCGUUUGGUGUUCCUUUGCGACUCGCCUGGACUGCCGCGCUUUGCAAAAUCCACUUUUCGAAGCUUGAUAUCGUGGAAGCCGUCUUGGACCAUUCUUUGCGUUGCAGCAGAUGAAAAUGAGGAGAAUACAGGCCGCAUCGGGGCAACUGUUUCCGCAGCAGGGACUGCUACGGAUAGCCGUCCUCCAGAGACUGUGGAUCUAUCGCUAUCUCACCUUGAUAUGUGUUUGCGUCUGGAAUUGCCGUUGAUGAUAGUCAUCACCAAGAUGGACCUCGCAAACAAGUCUGGCCUCCGCUCGGUGUUAGCCAAACUUCUCUCCACACUGAAAGCAGCUGAGAAAGUACCAGUGAUGAUGGCCAACACCCUCGUACCAGCCGCAAUGGCCGAAGGAACGGGUUCCUUGCUUGAGUUGCAGUUCAUUUCGGCAAAAGAUCAAGUCGAGGUUGAUUUGCUAGGGGCAUCCAUGAGAGGUAACGAUGGCAGCAGGAUCGUUCCGAUUUUGAUGGCCAGCGCGGUCACUGGGCAAGGUGUAACCAAACUGCAUGCUUUGCUACGCUCACUUCCAAUCUCGCAAUGGAGCCGUCCUAAGCUGCCUGCCACGAAUGAUAGCAGUGAAUCAUUCGCGCUUUUCCACGUCGACGAGGUUUUCAGUAUACCACCGUCUCGUGUCUACACGCUAAAUCCGGACAUCCGCCUUGCUAAGCAAGGAGUGGUUCUCUGCGGGCAUGUUUCUCACGGGGUGCUGUCGGUGGGCAAUGUUCUAUACCUUGGGCCUUUCGGCGUUGACACGGAACAAUCAUUGCCUCAGACGUCCCGGCCGAUCUUGAGAUCAAAAUCCUACUGUGCGGAACAACCCGAUCUGGAGAAGCGCACGGGAAUAGUUGCACGGUCAUACCAAGAAAGCUCAAAGAUUGCUGCUGGCGGAGCACAGAUGACGCCAACUUAUCUACGCGUAAGGGUCGUGUCAUUGCGCAACCUCCGACUGCCGGUCAAUCGAAUGCGUGAAGGAGAGACUGGUACCAUUGGCGUUGAGCCUGCCGGUGAUCAAUCCAAUUCUCUCGGGUUAGGAAAGGCUCGUAAAGGGAUGGUGCUGAUCGAUACGAAGGAGAUUCCAGGUGGAUAUUCGUCGUUCUCAGCAGGUUUCCCGUCCUCGGACUUUUCUCAUACCAAUUCACCGCCUCUACUGUUGGGCGGGCAUGCUAUCAUCUAUGUCAACAGUGUGCGUGCAGCCGUCAAGGUAACAUUAGUAGAUCUGGAGGAGGAUGAAAGAACUCGGCAUGGAUCCUUGACACGUGAGGGAGAGGUUUUCUCCUUCGACAGUGAUGACGAGACCGAGAGACUGGAGAAUUUGCAAUUGAACGGAGGGGAGAAGACGGAAAUCAAAAUCACCUUCAGGUUUGUGAGCAGUGUCGAAUGGAUGAAUGUUGGGGAUCAGGUUCUUGUUGUGCCCACUGUCUCGGCCGCUGGUCCUGUGACAGGUGUUGCCGUGUCGAAUCUGUCUGGACUAGCUGGGUUUGUUGGCAAGGUUAGCGAGGUGUUUGCUGCGUGAAGUAUGACUAGGAGGGGGAUCUGCUACGGCAUUGGAAUUGGCGCUGCUUGGUAUCUAAUGCAAGAAAUCCUCAAUAUCUAUCUCACAUUGUUGAAUCUAUUCAGGCGUGC